GAAUGUGAGGGGAUUUUUUUUUUAAAUUUAUAAAAUAUUAAUUGAUAAUAAGAAAAUCAAUUAAGGAAUGUCAGGAAAUUUUCACUAUGUAAAGGCAGUAUGAUAUUUCACUUAAAGCAAAUACACUAAACUUUCGCUAUGCUGUGCAUUAAAGGAAACUAAAUGAUGUCUAUUAGUGUAAAGAGCACUAUAGGAAGGUGACAUUCCCGUUAACUGAAAACUAGUCCUAUAUAGGACUAUAGUUGCUUAAUUCCUAAAAAUCAUAUUAAACUUAAGGUGAGACAUGCUCACUUCCAAGGAAGAGUUCUUAAGUGCCAUAAAAAUACAAAUUCAUUUUUCCUAUGCAUCAUAGUAUGAUUUUAAGCUCAGCAUGGAUGGUUUGUAUGGUUGAUUGGUUGUAUUUCUUACUGGGUCAGUAACUAUGGACAUACAUAGUGAGCUACACUCUUACUGAUGCUGUUUAGGAAGAAACACCCUAAACUAAAGUUUAAAAAUAUAUAAGUUUCAUGCAGAUACUAUACUUUUCUUGUAAGCAUUUUUGGUAAUGGGUGUGUGGUUGCUGUAACACCAGAACACAAUCCUAUAUUCUGCAAAUGAAUAUAAAAUAAAGUCUAAUUUAAUAACCAUUUUUUGGUACAAAACAUUUUGCUGAUGGUAAGUAAUAUACCACUAUCCUAAGAGUAUGUCAAAAUGCCCGCUGAAACAUUUACCUUCAACAGUGAUAAAAUACAUCAGGUUGGGCUUGAGCUCACAACUGCCAAGGACAAUGAGAAAGAUUACUGUGACGCAGUUGGGAACUAAAUUUGCAGAAGUGGCAAAACUUGUGGAAGCUGCUAUUCCCACUCCAGGAUGUGGGGAGGUGCUGAUCAAAAACAGGUAUGUAGGCAUCAAUGCCUCGGAUGUCAACUAUGCAGCUGGACGUUAUGAUCCAUCCCAGCGUCCUCCUUUUGAUGCAGGGUUUGAGGGCUUGGGCUAUGUGACUGCUGUUGGAGAGAAAGCUAAUUUGAAGGUUGGUCAGCCAGUUGUUUACCUCAGCAAUGGAGCCUUUGCUGAAUACAAAACAGUUGCUGCUAAACAAGUUGUUCCAUUACCUGAAGUGGAUCCCAGGUACCUACCUUUCAUGCUUAGUGGUUUAACAGCAGCCAUCAGUCUUGACAAGGUUGGACAAAUAAGAAAAGGGGACAAAGUGUUAAUAACAGCUGCUGCAGGAGGCACAGGACAAUUUGCCGUGCAGUGGUGCAAACUGACUGGCUGUGAAGUCAUUGGUACAUGUUCCUCUGAUGAUAAAGUCAAAUUCUUGAAGACGAUUGGUUGUAACCGGCCUAUCAACUACAAGAAAGAGAACUUGGAGUUAGUGCUUAAAGCAGAAUAUCCUCAUGGAGUUGAUGUUGUGUAUGAGUCCAUUGGUGGUGCUGUAUUUGAAACUUGUUUAAAUAACCUUGCUGUAGGGGGUCGUCUGAUUGUAAUAGGGGCCAUCUCAGGUUACACCACAAGUUUCACUGGUGGAUUCAAAUCAUCAAGCAUGCUGCCUUUGAAGAUGCUGCAGCUGUCAGCAAGUUUAAGGGGCUUUUUUCUCAUGCAUUAUAGCAAGGACUUCAAGGAGUACAUGAUGCGACUCAUCAGUCUUUUUAAGCAAGGAAAAUUAAUUAGCUCUAUAGACAUGGGAGAAACAACACCUGGAGGAGCUUUUGUUGGUUUGGAGAGGGUCUAUGAUGCCGUUGAACAUAUGUAUUCUGGACAGAAUAUUGGUAAAGUUAUUGUGGAGCUACCAGACUAAAAGGUGACCUCAAGCAACAGGUAUCCACCCAUCUUGCAGAUAGAAAGCAAAGUCACCUUGAUCAGUUCAGAAAUUCACAUUUCUUUUUAUCAGAACUGUUCAUUUGACAUGAGUUCUGAUUUCUGUGCAAGUAGAUGAAAGUUUCACAGUCUAUAUGCUAGGGCCAUGUUUAUGUUCCAGUGGUAUCUGUAUUUACAACUAAUAAUAAAGGUCACUUAUACUCCGCAAUGUCCCCCAGUCAACAGGCAAGCUCAUUGCUUUAGUGAUGUAUGGCAAUCACAGUCAUCGAUACAAAAUGAAUAAUAAUGAAAAGACCGUUAAUAAAGGGGGAUCACUGCUGAUUAAAUGGUGGAGACACAUUUUGAAAACUGCAGAAAUCAAGAGUUAUUAAGAUGAGAAGAAUGCUGACCAGUCACAUUAUGUGAACAGCAGAAGUUGAUCAGUUCAUUAUGAUUGCUUUUGUAAAAAAAAAAAUGUAACUGAAACAAAUGAAGUAAACAGUAGUGGAAAAUAGAUUCAGUCAGUUCACAUUCUUGUUAAUUGCAGGAUAAUAAAUCAAAUAGCACUGCAAAAAAAAAAUAGUAGAACUAUGCAGAUUGUGCUGAAUGAAAAUAUAAAGAUCCAUCGCUGAUAUCCAAAUGGAAACACAUCCAUGAUACAAAAGCAAAAUAUGGAAGUGCUUGUUAAUUUCUGCUAUCCAAUGGUUAUCGUCUUAGUGUUGUUCCUAGCAUUGCUCAGGCUUCAGACAGUUAACCUGAACAUCACUUGCGAUUAACCUGAUGGAGCCUGAGUACUGCCUUAGGUUAACCAUUUUUACAUGAAAUUUUGAGUAAUAUUUGGGGUUAAUAAUAAGGUUAAAGUGACAAUAAUUACACAGUGUUGGGUCCAGUGACGGUCUUUGCCUCUAGAGUUUGGCUGAAACUUACUAAUACUACAAACACCCUAUGUAAACUACUAUGACCUUGAAUAAAAAUGGCUAAUGAACUUUGACUAAAAAAGAGCUGACACGCUUAAUGUUUAGAAGAUUGUCAAAGGUGUUAAUUCAAGGGGAAGUAAAAAUCCUAUCUGAUGUAGUCUUUAAGGAGUCAUUUCUGUAAAACAGCCUUCCUAAUGCUCUGCAGUUCUAUUGUUGUUAUGAACCAAGUUAUAAUAGACCUGUCACUUUGUAAUGUUAAGUAGUUGCUGCAGUUUGAGGGACUCAAAUUAGACUUGAAAAGAUGUAUUCUCAGCAAUGUUGAAAGUGCUUUUGAUAUGAGAAUGGUAAACCCAUGGUGAGCAUGAGAGAACAUUUUGGUAUGGGUGAUAGUGCUAUAAAAAAAAAGUAUAAAAUUUAGCAAACUAUAUGGUCAGUAGAAGAAGAAGACUGUUUUCUCAAAAAAGCAAUUUUUUUCAUUACAUGCAAUCCAUCGGGAAUACAUUCCUCACAUAAAUCAGGAGUCAUCUAUAACUUUUUGAGUAUUGAACAAGCUCUUGUGCAAAAUUAAUUAUACUGCUUGUGUUGUUUGCAGCUGCAGAGAACCUUUUUAAGACUUAAUGGUCAGAAGCAGAGAACAAUACUUAAUAAUCAUCCUGUUGUACAUCUGUCGUAAGAAUUGGGUUAGCUGUUAUAAGAAUGAUUGUGAUACUAUAAUGAUUGCAUAAAUAAACCUGUUUACAUCCUUUGUAAAUUAUUUAAAAUAUUAAAAAAAUAUGUGUGGUGUAAAUGAUUUAAUGUGGCUGAUUUUUUUAUGCAGUUAAAACUUUUGCAGAAAAAGAGUGUAUAUGUAGCUUCAAAAUAAACAGAUUUGAAGACGUC